ACUGCCGGCGCCGCCGCCGUUACCGAGCGAGCAGAGUAAGCGAGCGGUGGCCAUGGCGGAGCAGCCACCGCCAUGUCCCAAAGAGACUCUCCCCGAGGGGACUCCAGAGCUGCCGAACGCUGGAAGGUUGAGUCCAGCGGGCAACACGGUUGCGAGUUGUCUCAAAGAGACACCCAAGCCUGUUACUCCCACUGCUGUACGAAAGUUUCGAAACACAACAGAUCCAGCUCCUGGUGCUAAAAUAAUAUUCUACGGCAGUGCAGAUGAUCCUGACAUUGCAACAGACUUGACUCAUGGCAUAAAGUCAACCUCCCAAUGCAGUGUAGCUUCUUUGAUAAGUCCAGUUGCUAAAAGUGAAUUUCAAGAAAAGAUGCAGGACAUGAAAGAAGCAAUUUACUCCAGUAAUCGUGAAGCACCUUUGGGUAAAUCACAUGAUCAAUCUUUGAAGUUACCUGAGGGCUUGGAUAUAAUUAAAACUACAUUUGGAAUUAAAGUCUGCAAAGAUUUAACAGCUGGAGAGCUUGUCAAUCCACCAAAAACCUUUGAGGAAGUGGAUAAAGAAGCGAGAGAAGGACAUGAUUUAUAUGUUCUCUCACAUGAGGAUUAUUAUGUGGGGGAGUCAGUCAAUAGGAAGUAUAACUCACACUUUGACAAGUCUUUUGUUUAUGGAAUGGAAACCCCUCACUAUGAAGAUGGGCGAAAUACAGCCAAGACCUUCAAUUGGGUCUUUGACCUGGAUUCGAAGAGAGGACCAAACCUUGUGUCAAAACGAAGUGAUGAUUUCAAGGAAAAAUACCAGCCUCUGAUUGGAAAAGUUUUUGAUCCUAUAGCAGAUACUAGGAAUGUUCCCCCAGACCAUACAUUUGGAUUGACGGCCCAUCCAGAUGAAUAUGACGUUCAUCAUCUUCUUCAUGUCCGGGUUCCGUGUGAGUUCCUCUGUGGGAAGGACAGAGAAAGAGUUAUCUUGAUGGCAGUUCGAGAAAGUCUGAAGAAAGCUGACUACAGGAAUUUUGAUGUGUUACUAAAAGCAUUAAGACAUUUUGAUAAGAAUGGUGAUGGAAUGAUACACAAGGACAAGCUACGAAAGAUCUUUUCUCAGCUGAAUGUGAAUCUGGAUGAUGAGCUCCUGGAAACCUUAUUUGACUGCUGUGAUUUGGAUAAGGAUGGUCUGAUUAAUUACCAGGACUUUGCGAACUUUCUGAACUGGAAAGAUAAAAUGGGUGUUAAAGAGUUUGAAGAAAAAAUAAUUACAAAAGGGAAAAAAUUAGAUGCAUAUCUUUCCAAAGACACAAAGAAAGAGGAUGAACCACUGCCAGAAAAGAAAGAUCUUGAGUUAAAAGAACGAGAAAGCUCAGAAAAGAUGCCAAAACCACUUUCAAGAUCAACAGACCGUGUAUAUACAAAUUAUCGAACAUCAUCUUCUCAGUAUAAUGCUGUAGUUGGUGGUAUCCCAGCAUCCUGUUAUCCAUUGUGUGGUGUUCCAAGUAUUCGUUCAGAUAUUCCUGCUCCUCAAGUUUGUCGCCUCAGUGACACGACUAAUUAUGGUGACCAGGGCAGUAGUUUUUCACUUUUGUACCCUUCUGUCUUCAGUCAAAAGGGAGUAUAUGAAAAACACCUUUUAAAAAAGAGACCAAAGGCAGAGAUUAAACAAAUUCUCCACAAUAUGGGCAUGAAUACUUCAGAUGAAAGGUUUGAAGAAAUAUGGAAGCAAGUGUGUACAAAACAUGAGAUAAAAGAGCUUUGUGAUUGUGAAGAAAGUAUGUGGAAUAUACUGAAUAAGAUACAUGAAUCAGGCAUAGAAUUCUAGUCUCUGGACACUGCUUUUAUUUAACAUUAGUCAUAAUUCUGGUGCUGAAUAAAAAAAAAACAACAAAUAUUUAUAUGUGUAUUGUCUUUCUGAGUAGUGGGUUCACCACAUGUAUGAAUCAUUGCAUUUGGUAGGAACUGGUAUCCAUGCUUGUAAAUGUAGUACCAAUAUUUACAAAUAUAUCCCAUUUAAAUGUAUUUUUUCUCUUAUAAGUGGAAAAACCCUUUUAAAAGUGCUAAAAAUAAAUAUUUCAGAUAUUCAAGGCCUGUCAAAGAUUAUUAUCAUAUCAUGGCAUUUUCCCUUUCUUCUCAUGUUCCAUAAUUCUUGUCAACAGAGAUCUGGUUGUGGCAAAGUAUUUGAGAUGUUUGACCAUUCAUGUGAGAAAGUGCUUUACAGUCCAAUAGUAAGAAAGGUAAAUAGGAAUAGGUGUGGGUUCCAAAGUGUUGUCAUGAAAUAGCCUCCAUAAAAACCUAUAGGUUAAGAAGUGCUAGAAAUGAAUGUCCAGUUUGUGAUAGAGGGCUCCUAUUCUUUAUGCAACCUUAUGACUCUUACUUAAUAGUAUUCAGCUUUCACAAUGAGGAAAAAAGUAUGGAUAUUGAGAGGUGUUUAUGUAAUAAACAUUACAUUGCUGAGUAGUCAGAAAAGUUUGUGAGGGCUUUCAGAGAGCCCUCAUUUAAUUUCAUUUGUGACCACUGUGGUUUCUUGGAAAGAGGGAGAGUCAUUAUUAGAAAAUCCUUAACGAUUAUUAUGCAAAUCUCAAUGAAUAGAUGUAAAGUCCAAUAACAAUAAAUAAUGGAAAGAAAAUAAUAUGAAAACAUGCAACUGUGAGUGGGAAUGUUCACUCUUCUUCUACAGUACUGAACUUUGAUGUAAAACAGAUGGAAAUUGUUCACUAUUAACAGUGAGAAAUAUUACUUCUAGGCUUUCAAAUGCAAAUGAAAGAUCCUUGUCCAAUGUAAUCUUAAUAUACAGGAUUUAAAGAAGGAUGCUAUUUUGUCACCUAUUAGUGUUUUAAAUACCUUAGUAAGAUUUGGAGAAUGUUGCCAGCCAAAAGCGUUACUGAGUUUUACAAUGCAAGUAAAGUUUUCUUUUGUUAAAUUCUAGAAAUGCACAUGUAAUGCCAGUUUAAUGUUUUAGUUCCUUCUUCUGUUGCGUUUAAGAUUCCUCUUUUGCCUAUGUUCUAGGAGCUGUCAUUUACAUGUAACUUGCUUGUUAUGUGAGAUCUGCAAGCCAGACCCUUUUGUACAUUAUUUUUGUAGCAUUAACAGCAGCUGUCUUACAUCAGGUAGGAAGAAUUUGCUUUCUGGUAUCUCCAAGGAGCAGGUGGUGGAAAUGCUGCUUGAUGAAGGCAACUUCUUUCCUGCUGUGAAUGAAUGUUCUGCACUGUUGCUGCCUUGCCUCCCCAUCCUUCUGGAACUCUCUGCAUGCACUCAGAAGCAUGCAGGAAACAGACUGACUGUCCCAAGUGGAACCAUGGAAGAAAAAUGUCCAGCUGAUUACAAUUGAAUUUACGAUGUUAGAAUUUUACUAUUUCAGUGAAACCCUCUAAAGCUUAUUUUCUGCUCAUAUUAUGUGGGAAGGAAGAAUCCUGUAUCUUUGUGGCAGUGAACUUUCAAAAGCACUGGAGAGAAUUACUUUAGAAAAAACAAAAUAUUUUUCCUCUUCAAUAGAAGAUUGUAGAUGAAAUACUCAAGCUCAUGUCGGGGGGGAAAAUGGAAAAAAAGUUACUGUAUCUGUGUGUAUGUAUUUAUGUAUGUGUGUACAUAUGAGAUCUGUUCUGUUUGUUCAGCAGCUUGAAAUUCUGUGAACUUUUUUUUAUUCUACCAUAAAGUACUCACUUGCACUCCUCUUUCAGUAGAAUCAUUUCCUUUGUCAAUGAAAUUGAAUUAAUGUUGUUCUCGGUCAGUCUGCUAAAUAAGUUUUGAGUAAAGAAGACUGCUAAAUCAUGGUUUCAUUUUUUGUGAGUAUGUUUGUAACCAUGGGCUAAAGAUUUUUUUUUUCCAGGUUUGGGUUUGAAAUUAUCCCUCUGAAGCUUGAAAAAAUAAAUUACUGAAAAGACCUAUAAAUUCUGCUUGUAGGUGCUUGUUUUUCAUCGCCAUACUGACUAGGAAGCCCCUGAAAGAUUUAAUCACUAUGACACAGUGACUUCUCAGGAGUUCCCCAAUUCUUUUGCUUCCUUUUGUGAAACAGUUUGUGUACACAGAGCUUUGGUGCAGGUUUUUCUGUUUGUGUCUGUCUGACUCUCCAAUAUGUGAAUUCAAUGGCAUGUUUUUAUACUUUAAAGCUGCAAGUUGUGUUCUGUAAUUUUUGUGGGUCCCUCAAUAUAUUCCAAAAGACAGAAAAUACAGGGUUUGCUUUCGUUUCAGUGUGAUUCUAGGUAUGGAGCUUGUGUAACUAGGACAGCACACUACCUUGCACUAACCCAGGGGCUGUAUCCAAGGUAAAGUUUUUGGAAAGAGAGGUGAAAACAACUCAAAAGCCAUGUGUUCUAAGAGUAAAUGUGUAAAUUUAGUGGUUGAGGCAAUUUAUUCUAUUAACAGUUAUGUUAAAAAAUCACAUGUUGUCUGAGAUGGUGGACAAAACUAAUGAACAAUAAAUUGUGGCAAAGGUAAAUAUUUUGUCAAAAAUCAGUGAGUUCUAGACAUUUUGUGUCAAAUUUUCUUAAUAGAAUUUUCAUAAAAAUAGACCCUGGGUAAAAGAGACAGCACAUUCAGAUACUUGUGCAUUAUUUCUCCAUUAAUCUGUUUCACUGUAAUGAGUAUUCCAAAGAAUAAUGUUUUUAGUAAUGAUGCACUUUUAAUUAGUUGUGUCAAGUGAACAAAGUUCAUUUUGGAGCAGAUGUAUUGGUUUUCAGGAGCCAAGCAGGGAGCUCUUCCUAUAUACAGAGAUAGAGACUGGUGUUUGCUAGUCCCCAAAAGCCAUGACAGGGAAACUGACUUUCAGUACCUGAAGACACCUGUAAAAGAUAAGGUUGAAGAUUUGAAUGUGCAAAAUGACUUUUCAUUCAUUCUGUAUUUCUGGCACUUUGGAAUAUGAAUGUACGCAACUAGUAUGCCUUACUUGGCAGUGACUUGUGCUAAGUAAAGCAGAUGUUGGACUAGAUCAUUCAGUUAUUAUUACUGUUAUUAUUUCAGUUCUCUAAUGAAAAAAAUAAUCAUCUGUGCAUUAACUUUUGUUUGACACGCUGGAUAAUCCAGCCCACUGUCUUCCAUAGAAAUGUAUGUACAGAUAAAUGUAGGCCUUUUCCUAGAUAUUAUUAAUAGCUAACAUUAUUGUAUCUGUCUUAAAAAGAUUUAGUGUUUUUGUUCUGUACAUCAAGAGCUAUUGUUUUUCAGUGAUUUAUCUGAUCAAGUAAAUUUCCUGGUCCUUGAACUCAUUCCUUGAAGUGAAUGGCCAGUUUUGCUUGUUUACUUGAUUUGUUUCUAAACAGCUGUAUAUAAUUAUUUGUGUGCUAAAUAGAAUGUUAAUAAUCUUUUAUACUAAGAAGAGUACUUCAAAUGGAUGCCUAAGCAGAAAAGGUACUGGGGAAAAGUGCCUAGAAAGAUGGCGAAAGUCUUUGUGUUGCCAACAGAUGGGAGCAGGUAUGAUGUUUUUGGAAUGACUUACACAGCCUAAUUAGUUGAUGUUUGCUAUUAGGAUGCAUUUCUUUGGACAGUAGUUAUUUGCAUUUGACAGUCUGUCACACUGCACUAUCUGCCUGAGUGGCUUCUCCUUGCUGGAUGGCCAGAGUGCUUUUCUGGCAGCUAGGUACAGGUUUAGGCGUGCCAGAGAAACACUAAAUGCUACCAAUUGUUAAAUAGUUCCAAUAGGAUCUUUAUUUCUUUACCACUCUUUAAUACCCUACUAAUUUUGGAGAUGUCAUCACAGAUUAUUCAAACCCAUAGGAAAGAUUUUGAGGUUUUUGAUCAGGACUAAUCUGCAAGGAGAAAAGUAGUUAAAACAAUUGCCAGUAGGUUCUG